CCGAGGAGCCUUUGAACCAAUCACCGCCGCCCGGGGGCGGGUCGUGUGUGAACUGUUGUGGAUAUGGAAAAUGGACAAUUUAUCACGCACAUUCAUCAUUCAUUCACAUCCCGACGGGGGAAGCUGCUCCUGCACGCCGAAUUGAUCCGCAAAUGCCCGGCCGUGGCGUGAAAAGGAAAAUCAGCAGCGAGGAAGAGGAGGAGGAGGAGGGGAAGAGCGCGGCUGGCCAGCCGGAGGGGCCCUGCAGACGGCGGCCGCGCCAGGCACUAUGAGGCAGCAGGCUUGGCCCGUGAGAGCGGAGAAAUCACCCUUCAUCACUCUCAGCCAGGCCGGACGGCGGAAGAAAUGUACACAGCAGCAGCAGCGCACGGCGAAGCAGAGGCCGGCCAACACACACAUCUGAGAGUACAGUGGAGAGCAGAUGGGGAAAUGCGGGAAGAGACUCCAGUAACCCAGAUCGCAUCAAUCUGAAUGGCAGAGUGGACCGGGCCACACUCAGAGGCAGCCAUGUCCUUGUUAACACAUUGUCCUCCAUUAGAAGCUCCUUGUUAGAAGUCACAAGUACGUCCCCGACGCCCCGUGAGGCUGGAAAGAAGAGGAGCAGACAGACCAAGCGGGAAGACGAUUCGGUGACAGGCCCCCAUGCAGGCGCGUAAGAAGUAUGUUCUGCUGGGCUUGUGUGCGUGCUGCUGGCUGGUCCUCUUCUACUGGGGCGGGGGAGUCCAGCUCCGUCUGCUCCGGCUGCUGACGCGCCAGCGGGGCGAGGUGGUGCGUCCCUGGCCCAACUGGACCGACCGGGCCUUCUUACCCCGCUAUGCCCACCUGGACGAGCUCCAGACGGACCCCGGCACGGCCGAGUCGCCACGCCAGCGGCGCCAGGCGUGGUCGGCCAUUUACAAAGACAGCCACUGCCGCAUGGAGACCUGCUUCGACUUCACCCGGUGCCGCCGCAGAGGACGGGAAGGCUUCAGGGUUUAUAUAUAUCCGUCGGAGAAAAACGACAGGGUGUCGGAAAGCUACAGGAAGAUCCUGACGUCGAUCGCCGAGUCGCGGUACUACACGACGGACCCUCGGGAAGCGUGCCUCUUCGUGCUGGGGAUAGACACCUUAGAUCGGGACCAGCUGUCAGGACAGUUUGUGCCCAACGUGGACGAGCGCAUCCGCGGUUACCCGUUGUGGAACGAUGGGCGCAACCACCUGAUCUUCAACCUGUACUCGGGCACGUGGCCCAACUACACCGAGGACCUGGGCUUCAACAUCGGCCAGGCCAUCCUGGCCAAGGCCAGCCUGAACACCGAGCACUUCAGGCCGGGCUUCGACGUGUCCAUCCCGCUCUUCUCCAAGGACCACCCUCAGAAGGGCGGCGAGCGGGGCUGGCUGGUGAGGAACACCGUCCCGCCGCGAAGGAAGUACCUGCUCAUGUUCAAGGGGAAGCGCUACCUGACGGGCAUCGGCUCCGACACCCGGAACGCCCUGCACCACAUCCACAACGGGAAGGACAUCGUGUCGCUCACCACGUGCCGCCACGGGAAGGACUGGGAGAAGCACAAGGACGCCCGCUGCGACCACGACAACCUGGAAUAUGAGCGGUUCGAUUACCAGGAGCUUCUCCACAACUCCACCUUCUGCCUGGUGCCUCGAGGUCGGCGCCUGGGCUCCUUUCGCUUCUUAGAGUCCCUGCAGGCGGCGUGUAUCCCCGUGCUGCUGAGUAACGGCUGGGAGCUUCCGUUCUCCGACGUCAUCCAGUGGAACCAGGCGGUCAUCGAGGGGGACGAGAGGCUGCUGCUGCAGGUGCCGUCCACAGUGAGGGCGGUGGGGAACGAGCGAGUCCUGGCUCUCAGGCAGAGGACACAGAUGUUGUGGGAAGCCUACUUCUCCUCUGUGGACAAGAUCGUCCUCACCACACUGGAGAUCAUCAAGGACCGGGUGUUUUCUCACACGUCCAGGAACAAGUACAUGUGGAACUGGCUCCCCGGGGGUCUGCUGGUCCUGCCGGAGUACUCCACCCACCUCGCUCACUUCCCCUUCUACUACCUGGGCCUGGGAGUCAGUCCGGGUCAGGAGUUCACGGCGGUCAUCCACGCCGUCUCCCCGCUGGUCUCCCAGUCGCAGCCAAUCAUGAAGCUCCUUCAGGUGGUCUCCAAGUCGAAGUACUGCUCGCAGAUCAUCAUUCUGUGGAACAGCGAGAAGCCGCCGCCCAGCCGCAGCAAAUGGCCUCCGAUGCCCGUCCCGCUCACCGUGACAGACGGCAGGAGGAAGACCACCAGUCGGUUUCUCCCCCACGUUGCCAUAGAGACGGAGGCAGUGCUGAGUCUGGAUGAAGACACAGUCCUCCUGACCAGUGAGGUGAACUUUGCCUUCCUGGUGUGGAGGAGCUUCCCCGAGCGGAUCGUGGGGUAUCCACCCAGGAGCCACUUCUGGGACCCCCUGAAGCGCGCCUGGGGCUACACCUCCAAGUGGACCAACGACUACUCCAUCGUGCUGACGGGAGCCGCCUUCUACCACAGGUACUACCACUACCUGUUCUCCCACUACCUGCCCCAGUCUCUGCGCACGCUGGUGGAUCGCACCUCCAACUGCGAGGACAUCCUCAUGAACUUCCUGGUCUCUGCCGUCACCCACCUGCCCCCCAUCAAGGUGGCGCAGAGGAAGCAGUACAAGGAGCUGCCCAGUCCGCAGGGUACGAAGAGCGUGCCGUGGGCCAACCCAGAACACUUCAACCAGAGGCAGGAGUGUGUCAACGCCUUCGCCAACUGGUUUGGCUACAUGCCUCUGGUCCACUCUCAGUUCCGCCUGGACCCCGUGCUCUUCAAAGAUCAAGUGUCCGUCCUCCGCAAGAAGUACAAAGACCUGGAGCGGGCGUAGCGCUGAGCGGGCGAGCCGGCUCAAAACGGCGUCCCGACCUGCUGCUCCUCAAAAGAUCAAGUGUUCGAGAAGUGCAAACCCCUGAGGAGGCGGCGGCGGCGGCGGCACUGACCAGGCCAGCGGACAGAAAGCACGAGGGGAACGGGAGCCUCGCCUAGUGGCCUUUUGCUCAGAGAAACGGACCAAUCACGUGGCGGGAAAUCAAGCUAAGGUACUUGGGGACUGC